CAGCGCAGUUGAAUACAUGUUGUAUGCACAAUCAAAUGUUUAAAAGGUAAUUUCCAACUUUCACCGACAAAGGAUGAUAGAAUGGCAAAAAACUUCAUAUUAAAAGGAUUUUUACUUUUACAACUUGUUCAGGCAAUAAAUGCGGAUGGUCACGUAAAUAUCCAAGUACAAAUUUUACAAUAUGACAAUCCACUGGGGACAUCAUUCCAUGGUAUGGACAUAAAUUCACAAAGAAAAUGUUGUGAUAGAGGGACUAUCCCUACAUGUAGCACAACUGAUACUUGUGACUCUAUCUAUGUGUUUUGCAUUGGCGGUUUCAGAAGUGGAAGAUGCAUAGGUCCAAAUAUAACAACAAGUGUUCUCAACAACAAAGCCUCGUUCGGGACUUCCUUUGACAACACUGUUAUACAUUCUAUAACAUGGGAUCAUUGGCAAUCGAGUUCUCUAGAAUAUGUUGCAAAUGUUAUGGACAAAGAUGGUCAGAAUAACGAGCUUGUUGAUACUUUUACAUCCACUAUUGCUUUACGUUCUGAUACCGACUAUGAAAGUUCAUUUCCCCAAGUGUUGUCAUUUAAAAGAUAUGUCAGUCUAGAUGUCGCUAUACGGAUAUGGUGUCAAGACGGGUACUAUGGUCCUGACUGUAGCAGGAAAUGUAAUCAACAAUAUAGUAUUUGUACAAAGAAUAACGGGCAAACUUUACUACAGUCUUGUAGCAGAAAUGAUGUUUCAACAUAUAAACUUAAACCUGGAUUUCACGUACCUGAGAAUUUUACUCCUCCGUACAUACGACAGCUUUUAUCACAGUUUUUUCUCCGUGAAAUUUGUUUAGAUGCACACGAGGUGAAUGUUGAACUUUUACGUUUUAAUAUGGAAUGGACAUUAGAAUUUAAAGCAGAGUGUGAUAACAAAACUAUAAGCAGCUUACUGUUCAAUACACAUAUCUAUAUACUGAGCCUAACGAAUAAAGCAGCUUUGGGGAGAUAUUUUCCAAACAUUCCUUUACUUGUUCCAACAGUUCAUCAACAACUAGCAAGAGGGGCGAUGAUAUUUGUUAUGUUGAGACCGAUACAUUAUCAUGAUCCCUCAACGUCAUGUGGACACAAUGGCUGCAAUGUACAUAUACAAGUUUGCUUGAAAGCAAACACUUUAAUGGGUGAGAAUAAAACAAUAAUUUGAUUUUAAUGUGAUAGCUUCGUAAAGCCGUAUGAAUAUGAGUUAUAGAGAAACUAACUCUGAAAAAUUAUAGUAACAAGAUUGUGCAUGUAUUAGGGGGACUCCACUGAGCUAUUUUGACAUG